AUGAUUUUUCAAUCAAAGGAAUGGAUCCUCUCAGGCUCCUCCGGGCUAGAUGAUCUCCAGACUCGAACCGUCAGCACGCCAUCACUCGGAAGUUUCGAUGUCUUGGUGAAGAUGAAAGCUCUGUCAUUGAACCACAGAGAUGUUGUUCUCGCCUUGGGACUCUAUCCUCUACCCUGGAUCAAAGAUAUAGUCGUAGGUUCAGACGGAGCUGGUGAAGUGAUCGCCAUCGGGGACCAAGUCGCGCAUUUCAAAAAAGGGGAUCGUGUUGCAACGACAUUUUACCAAGACCACGCCUCUGGCCCUUUGACAAUUGAAGCAGCCCAAAGCGUGCUUGGGUCGUUGAAAAAUGGAGCUUUCAGACAGUAUGCUGUAAUUCCGGAGGGCGGACUUGUGAAGGUUCCAGAAAGUUUGAAAUGGCGGGAAGCUGCUUCGCUCACUUGUGCGGCGGUUACUGCUUGGAAUGCUCUUUUCGGGGAUAGGAAAACUGUCGCUGGGGACACUAUCUUGGUGCAAGGAACCGGUGGAGUGAGUCUUUUUGCUCUAGAGUUUGCAAAAGCCGUCGGUGCAACAGUCAUUGCCAUCACAUCUUCAGACGAAAAGGCACAACUGCUGAAGAGUAUUGGUGCCAAAGCGGUCAUCAAUUACACGACGAAUCCAGACUGGGGCCAGAAGGUCAAGGAACUCAGUGAGAAUGGCGAGGGAGUUGACAAUGUCCUUGACAUCGCUGGAGGCAAGUCCUUGCUCCAAAGUCUGAAAAGUGUAAAACUUGGAGGCGUGAUUACACUGAUUGGUAUUCACGAUGGAUUCAAUCCAGCAGAAUGGCCUAGCAUACUUGAAGUUUUGGGUCAUAUGUGCUCAGUACGAGCAAUUGCUUGCGGAUCGAGAGCACAAUUCGAAGAACUGGUCAAAGUUAUUGAUAUCAAUGCCAUAAAGCCUGUGCUUGAUCAGCAGAUUUUUGGGUUCGACGAUAUGAAAGCAGCCUAUGAAUAUCUAUUGAGCAAGAAACAUAUCGGAAAGGUCAUAAUUGAUGUGGAGUAGGCGAUGAAAACAUUCUUUCUUGGCAACGAACGAGAUCGAUAAUGAGGGCAAGAAACGUCAUCAAGAUACUGG